UACAUUGAAGACUUCAUCACCAAUACUGUUCUUCCUUUCUAUGGUAACACACAUACAAGUGAUAGCUACGUGGGGGAGAAGACCACAAAGAUGGUGAAGGAAGCAAGUAGAUACAUCAAGACUUGCUUAGGCGCUGGCGGAUCAGAUGAUGCACUCAUAUUCUGUGGUUCUGGUACCACUGCUGCCAUCAAGCGCUUGCAAGAGGUGAUGGGUAUCGCAGUGCCUUCAAACAUGAGAGAUAAGGUACUCGAGUACCUCAGGAUUGAAGAGAGAUGGGUGGUAUUUGUGGGACCAUACGAGCACCACUCCAACCUUCUCUCAUGGCCGCGUAAUAGUCUAGCAGAAGUGAUUGAGAUCGGUCUCGACGAGGAUGGAUUGCUAGACAUGCGAGCCCUCAGCCACCAACUUGAGGCUCACAAGGAUUCCAAUCGUCCUAUGUUGGGUUCAUUCUCAGCUUGUAGCAAUGUAACUGGGAUCUACUCCGACACUCGUGCCAUUGCCCGGCUUCUUCACCAAUGUGGAGCUUUCGCUUGCUUCGACCAUGCUGCAAGUGGCCCUUAUGUGGAGAUUGACAUGAGAUCGGGGGAGCUGGAGGGCUAUGAUGCCAUAUUCCUAAGUCCUCAUAAGUUCCUUGGUGGGCGCGGAACCCCUGGUAUUCUUCUGAUGAACAAGGCCUUGUAUAAGUUGAGCUCUUCUGCUCCUUCUACUUGUGGAGGUGGAACUGUUGAUUUUGUCAAUGGCUUCAGUGAAAAGCACACAUUGUAUUAUGAAGAUGUGGAAGAAAGGGAAGAUGCUGGAACUCCACCAAUCAUCCAGAAGAUGAUUAGAGCAGCAAUGGCUUUCUGGGUGAAGGACUUCAUUGGUUAUGAGGUGAUCCAAAACCAAGAAGAUGUAUACAUAAAUGCAGCCCUUGAAAGGCUCCUUCCCAAUCCAAACAUAUGGGUUUUAGGGAAUACUAGAGUUAAGCGACAAGGGAUCCUUUCUUUUGUUAUCUUCUCAACGAAAAAAUCCUCCUCCUUUGAUAUGGAAUCAGAAAUCAGAGCUCACAGAGGAAGAGAUCUUAAUAUGUGGGCAGAGUCAGGAAACAAGAGAGAUAAGCCUCUCCAUGGUCCUUUUGUGGUAAAACUCCUCAAUGACUUCUUUGGUAUCCAGGCUCGAGCUGGGUGCGCUUGUGCUGCACCCUAUGGUCACCAUCUACUUGGUGUUGACGAGGCUCGUUCACUGACCUUUCGGUCUGCAAUUGAAAAGAUAAAUAUUAUAAGAUUUUCAUUAGGUGAGCUAGCAUAG